AUGGCGUCACCUUCAAAUGGAAAUGUCGCGCUGCCUAUGGUGCAGCUAAAUCACAUAUGCUCACCACUGAAUCCAACCGUUGAAGCACGCAUCGCCGCUAUUCUCUGGGGUCCUUUUCCAGCACAAAACGAUUAUACGCCAGAAGCUUCCCCGAGACCGUACUUUUCAUAUUACACAGACCAAUGCAGGACGGUAUACUACUCUCUUGGAACAAGCUUCUGGUUCAUAACACACGACGCAGUGGUAGAUAUGAUCUCUGCCAUGCGCCAAGGCGUGACGCGCGAAGAACUCGUCCAGGAUGUACUAAACAAUCACUCUAUUCCGGCAUCAAGUCCCCAGUUUAACGAGACCCAUAUUGCUAAUGCAUUUGUGGAUCUUGUAGCCCGUUUGGUACUCAUGGUCGAAGUUGGCCCAGUCACGAAGAGAGUCUGGAGCAGGAGAGCAUGUCGAUCAUGGGAAAGCGGCAACAUCAGCAGCUUCGCAACGGGACUAUUUGAAGCACAGUCUCCGAAUUCGAGAGAAUCGACCGAGCUUAGUAGCAACUUCAAUGCUCGAAACUUGGACGUUAUUGCUGGACUAAGGGUCGAACUUACUAGCAAUUUGCUUGACCAUCUACAGGUGAUGGAUAUUGAAGGUGUAAGCACGCUGAUGGUGUUCCACCAUGUCUCCUUUCUCAAAAACCACGGAGAUUCGCUAUUUGCGGACGGAUUUGUUUACGAGACUAUCCAGACAUUGGCAUUGUUGUUUCCUCAGAACACGUGGUAUCGCGAUAGCAAAGCCUGGUACCAUAAAUACCUAGAGCCCACGGUGACUGAUGCGGAUCCAGGCGUACUAUCCUGCGGGCCGCUCACUAUGACGAGCCUCGAUUCGUAUCGGUUCUGGCAUGACCGGCUUUCGAGGCUACAACAGAUCUUUGACCAGGCCAAGCCUAGGACCUUGAGCCAAUGGUGGAACGAUCGCAGAGAGGGCACGCAGUGGUACGCGCUAUGGGUUGCAGUUGGCCUGACAGUCUUCUUUGGACUCGUUCAGAGUAUCGAAGGGGCUCUACAGGUGUACAAGGCCUAUCAUCCUGACUAA